CAUUGACGGAAGAUAUGACAGAUCCUUUUGAUUAUCAUGAACAAUAUCAAAAAUUCAAGAACAGGAAUUUCAUGAAAGAUUUGCCGAGUGAAGCGUCUUUCCGGCGACCGUCGUCGAUAAAACACGGUAGUUCAUUGACGGAAGAUAUGACACAGCCUCUUGAUUAUUAUGAACAAUAUAAAAAAUUCAAGAACAGGAAUUUCAUGAAAGAUUUGCCGAGUGAAGUGUCUUUCCUGCGACAGUCGUCGAUAAAACACGCUAGUUCAUUGACAGAAGAUAUGAUAGAGCCUUUUGAUUAUUGUGAACAAAAUAAAAAAUUCAAGAGCGGUAAUUUAUUGAAAGAUUUGCCGAGUGAAGGGUCUUUCCGGCGACCGUCGUCAAUAAAACACGGUUCCAACCUUAGCUUUUCUUUGCGCGUUAGGAGUGACCCGACGUCUCUCCCUCCUUGCUGUGGUGGUAGUAUUUUCGAUUCGGCAACUCACACCUCCACCACAGACAAGAUCAAAUCUGCCCUUCUACACUUCUAUCAAAAAUCUUCUAUUGAUCAAGUUCUAAUACAGUUUUGGGCACCCAUCACAACAGAAACAGGGUGCGUCCAACUUGUUACUUCAGACCAACAUUUUGCUUUGUCUUAUAAACUUGAUGAACGACUUCUUGAGUACAGGAAACAGUGUUUGCAAUAUAAACUUAAUGUGGAAGAAGUAGAACACCUUGGAAUCUCUGGCCGUGUGUUCCGCCAAAAAUGGCCGGAGUGUAUACCAGAUGUGCGAUUUUACUCUAUUAAAGAGUACCCACAGCGUGAUUUUGCUCUAGCUUGCCAUAUUUCGGCUUCUUUUUCUUUUCCGGUGUUUCAAACCUCUUUCCAGGACUGCAUUGGAGUACUUGAGUUUGCUGCAACUAGCAAGUACGAUUUAUACUGGACGUAUGAUUGGUUUUUGAAAGAUGAGCUCCAGGUUUGUUGAACUUAUAUUUGGAGAUGCUAUGAUUUUAUUAUACUUAAAUUCUUGUAAUUAAUUUGAUGAGGACUGAGGUGAUCGGAUAUGAAUGCAUCAUAUUUGGAGAUGAUCGAUAUGAUGUUACCUUUUUAUUAAUUUAAACCUCACCAAAAUUUCUGUUGCAGCCUGCGGUUCUGAAAACUUCUUUGUGUGAUGCUUUUAUUUGGAAGGAUCUAGGUAAAGAUGAUGGAGAUAUAUUGGCUGAAAUCUACAAAGGGUUGGAAGUGGUGUGCAAAACUCACUCCUUACCUUUGGCCAAGACAUGGGUUCCGUGCAGGCAUUUCAAUACGUUUGAUGUCUUUCACCAAGAAUACAAAGCAUCUUAUCUUUUAGAUGGUCAUCUGGGGAGUUUCUACUAUGGGCAGAAUAACUUACAAAAGGGGCAGGGAGUUGUUGGGAGUGCAUAUAUGUCACAUAAACUAUGUUUCUGCAAAGAUCUAACUCAAUUCAACAGAAUUGAAUACCCCGACCUGCCCCUUGCACGCUCUUUUGGGUUAACAGGUUGUUUCGCAAUUUGCUUGCAAGGUACUUGUGCCAAAAAUUAUGAUUACAUACUAGAGUUUUUUCUGAAUCCUAAAAACACAUAUGGUGAAUAUCCAAGUACCUUCUUGUGCUCAAUAUUAGAAACAAUGAAGCAAUAUUUCCCAAGCUGUAAGCUUGCUUCUGGAGAAGAACUCGGAAAGGAAUUAUCGAUUGAAUUUAUUAAACCUCGCCUGAACCAAAAGCCUGCUUCAUUUCAAUGCCAAACUACUUCAUCUCCAUCAAAUAGGCCUGGAGUCUUACAAAAUGGACAAGAGAUGAUGCAGCCACAUUCAUCAAAUCAACAGCUAAUAGUUGAAGUUGAUGAUAUCAACAAUGACUGGGAUGUUGUUGAUGCGGAUCAAAAUAACAUUCUUGUUUCUUGUUCGGAUGAGGAACCUGCAACUUUUCAAUGCCAAAGUACUAGAUCUCCACUUGGGUCUGGAGCCUUACAUAAUGGACAAGAGCAAAACAAUGUUCCCGUUGCUCGUUCAGAUGAGGAGGCACGCAUGAAUCAGGAACCUGAUUCUUCGCAAUGCCAAAGUACUAUAUCUCCGCCUGGGUUUGAAGUCUCACAUAAUUGGCAAGAGACAACGCCACCAAAUCAGCCAGUAACAGAGGAAGUUGAAGUUGAUGAUGUCAACAAUGGAAGGACAGUUAUUGCAGAACAAAAUAACACUGACGGUUCUUCUUCAGAGGAUGCAAAUUCAAUCACUUAUGAGGAGCUCGAAAAACAUUUCGGGAAGAAAAUUGAAGAUGUUGCAAAGAUUUUUCGUGUGAGCAGAUCUACAUUUAAGCGUAUAUGUAGAGAGAAAAAAAUCAGCCGCUGGCCACAAGGUAGGGGAAAAAAGUUUAAAGGAUUUUCCUCUAGACGAAACCCUACAUGUUCUGAGUUGCCUGCUAAGAAACUUGUGGCUACUGAUGCUUACAUGACUCCACUUGUAAGACCACCACCAGAAGUAAGGAUGAUGACUAUAAAAGCAACCUAUGGAGAUGAUAUGAUAAAGUUUCAAUUACCUUUUUCAUCAAGAAUGGUGGAGUUGGAAGAGGAAGUAUCCGAGAGCUUGAAAUUAAAUGUUGGAACCUAUAAGAUCAAAUAUUUAGAUGAUGAUGGUGAUCGGAUUUUAAUAACCCGUGACAAGGACUUGCAGUAUUGUAUGAGUGCUUCCAAUUCAUUGGGCAUGGAUACCAUCAAAAUGUUCAUUGAGCCAAUUACCAAAAUUUCACCUUCAACCUGACUACUUAUGCGUGUAUGUUCCUAACUAUUUGUUGAUACCAAGUAAUCAAAUUAUUCUUCACUACGUAUUUAUGUUAAUCAGUAGUUUCAAUGUCCUCCUAACUCCCACUUUGGCAAUUCUGUAUUUCAAUG